CUCAGUUCAAUUCACGACUUCAUGAUAUUCUAAAUUGCGAACAUGUCUUCUCGAUACUCAGCAGCACGUCCAAAGCGUGCCGGCGAACAAUUUGCGCGCACGCACCACGGAGAAUCAGAAGACGGCCCCUCCAAGAAACCCAAAUUCGAUAUCCGCAACCCCUCAGCUCUUGCGCCCGAUGCGCCAGAAGAAGAUGCAGUCCUCGAAGCCGAUGUUAUUGGUGCUGGUGCAGCUACGAAACGAGGUGCUGUGAAUUUAGACGGCUACGACAGUGACUCGGAUAAUGAGGGAUUCGAUGCCAGGGCGGAAGAGAGGGCCAGAGGAAAGAAGGGAGAGGUCAAUAUUGCGGAUGCCUUUGAGUAUGGGAAGGAUGGCAAGGGGAAAGCGGGAAAGAGUGAGAUGGAGGAGGACGCGGAUAUGUUUGCAGAUCUGGACGAUGGGAAUGCAGAUGGGGACGAGGACGAAACUAUGCCUGGGAAGGGCAAGAAGGGGAAAGCUGUGAGGUUUAUGGAGGCAGAUGAGAUUGAGGGACAGGUCGAGAAUAGCAAGAGUGGUGGACACGUGUCUGGGAAUUUUGCACUGGAUCCGAAGGGCAAGCUUUCGACACAUGCUAUGGAUGAUCAGGAAAGUAGUGAUGACGAGGAAGAGGCUGCGUUAGUUGCGCAGGAGGAAGGCAUAGAUGAGGAGAUUGGUGCUGGAGGCUUGAAGAGAAAUGCACCUAAGGUCGAUGCUUUCAACAUGAAGGCAGAGCAGGAGGAAGGCCGAUUCGACGAGGCUGGAAACUUUGUGAGGAAAGCCGCAGAUCCAGAUGCGAAGCAUGAUUCCUGGCUGGAAGGUAUCGGAAAGAAAGACAUGAAGAAAGCUGCCGAAGCUCACGAGAAGAGAGAAGCGGAAUUACGGCAGAAGAGACUAGAGGACGAUGCACUUCUUCUACCAGACAUCUUGCGAACACUCAUACUACGGCUAGAGAAGGGCGAGACUGUUUUGGAAGCUCUAGCAAGGUUAGGCAGAGGCCAAACAAAAACGAAGAAAGUCCCGAAGUGGAAGCUGAAGAAGCAGAAGCACAACGGCAGUGAUGCCAUGGACGUCGAAACAGCAAAAGUAGCCGAGGAUCCAGAACAAGUUAAGAUCAGAGAAGCUGUCGAUGCUAUUACCGGUGCAGCCGAUCAGCUGCUUACGAGAGGUCAGACAGAGAUCUACGAGCAAGAGAGAGAAAUGCUCAUUAGACAAUACCGUCGAGAAUCAGGCGAAGAUUGGGUUGAGCCACCAGCAGCAGAGCUUAAAGAAGGACCGGAUGGCUCCAGACCCGCCAAGAUGUGGGAAUACAGAUGGAUCGAUGGCCGAGAUGGUGAUGCCAAGCAAGGUCCAUAUGACGGCGCAACAAUGGUAGCUUGGCAAGACGCUGGGUAUUUCGGUGAGGGCGUCGAAUUCAGAAAAGCAGGAGAUGAGGGGGCUUGGAGCAGAAUCAUGGACUUUGUAUGAGUAUGAUUUAAGGAAAACAAGAUACCCAAAACUGUAAA